UGCCUUUCCUCUUCCCCAACCCAACCACCCGCACCAAGCCAAACCAGGGAGACACAGCACGCGGCGCGGCCACGCCGAGCGCGCCUGCCUGCCUGGGCUCCCCUCCCCUUCGCCUCCCUCCUCCGAUCGGCCUCGCCUAGCUGCUGCUACUGCGCGCGCGCGCGCCGCCGCCGCGGUCGGACCCGGGAGGAGGGCGGCUGGUGGUGGGCGGGCCCGAUGGAGUGGGCAUCGGCGGCGUACACGGCCGCGGCGCUGGUGUGCGCUACGGCGGCGUGCGUGGUCGCGCUCGCGCACAUCUACCGCCACCUUCUCCACUACGCCGAGCCAAUCUACCAGCGGUUCAUCGUCCGCAUGAUAUUCAUGGUCCCGGUAUAUUCUGUGAUGUCCUUCCUUUCCCUUAUCCUCCCUGACAACGCGAUAUAUUUCAAUUCUAUUCGAGAGAUCUAUGAUGCUUGGGUCAUCUACAAUUUUCUCUCACUCUGCUUGGCAUGGGUGGGAGGUCCUGGUGCUGUGGUGGUAAGUUUGAGUGGCCGAAGCCUAAAACCGUCAUGGAUUCUGAUGACUUGCUGCUAUCCAGCUAUUCCUCUAGAUGGGCGUUUUAUACGAAGAUGUAAACAAGGUUGCUUGCAGUUUGUGAUUCUCAAGCCUAUUUUGGUUGUUAUCACCUUCAUACUUUACGCGAAAGGAAAAUACAAAGAUGGAAACUUCAGUGUCAACCAAUCCUAUCUCUACAUAACUAUCAUAUAUACAAUUUCAUACUCAAUGGCUUUAUAUGCACUUGCAUUGUUCUAUGCGGCGUGCAGAGAUCUACUUCGGCCAUAUAAUCCUGUCCCAAAAUUCAUCAUGAUCAAAUCGGUGGUGUUCCUCACAUAUUGGCAGGGUGUCCUGGUUUUCCUUGCUGCAAAAUCUCGAUUUAUCAAGAAUGCUGAUAAGGCUGCUGAUCUCCAGAACUUUGUAUUGUGUGUUGAGAUGCUAAUAGCAGCAAUUGGGCACUUAUUUGCUUUCCCCUACAAGGAAUAUGCAGGUCCCAAUGCCCGCCCUUCAGGUGGUUUCAGAGAAAGUCUUCUUCAUGCUUUGAAAUUCAACGAUUUCUACCAUGACACCGUUCACCAGUUUGCUCCUACAUACAAUGAAUAUGUGCUCUACAAUCACAACGAGGGAGACAAUGCACAAACGAAGUAUCCCUCAGGGAGCACCGCCCCAAGUGGUCAGGGUGUAGAGUUGGCUGGCAUCACCGUGGUGGCUUCAAACAGUCCAGUGACAUCAAGUGUAUCAUCCAACCAGGCAGAGCAGGAAGAGACAAUGACAACCCCUAUCAAGGACAAAGUCGAUCCUCCUGGAGGGCUUUACGAUCUGACAGAAUUGCUUGAUGUGGAUUUGUCUAGCUACCCAGCCAAGGUUCCUGCAAUCACCGAUGUAAGAAAACAAUGAUCAAGCUUGAUGAGAUGGGCUAUUAGUAGGUGUUGCAAUUGGGGGAAAUCGUGAUUUUUGUUGAAGAGUUACCAUAGUUAACAUUGUAAAAAUGUGUGUAUUACUUGUUCUGAUUUUUCCCCAUUGAAAGGGGGUUUAUUCAUUGUCAGCAACUGCUGCCACACGGCCUCAUUCACCCUGCUCUCUACUAACUGUGUAAAAUGUUGUGAGCUCAAGGUGGACCUUAAGUGUCAAGGGGAAUCUAUACUAAUAUAAUAUUCUGCGUUUCUGGUGGUGUA